AUCCACUCCAUUUCAAAUCAUCAAUCACCACCACCACCUUUAAGCCCUAGAAGAAGCCAUGUCCGCCUUCGUAGGAAAAUACGCAGAUGAGCUGAUAAAGAACGCCAAAUACAUAGCAACACCAGGUAAAGGCAUUUUAGCGGCGGACGAAAGCACAGGAACCAUCGGAAAACGUCUCUCCAGCAUCAACGUUGAGAAUAUAGAAUCCAACAGACAAGCUCUCCGACAACUCCUCUUCACUUCUCCCAACGCCCUUCCUUACCUUUCCGGCGUUAUCCUCUUCGAGGAAACUCUUUACCAGAAAACCACUGACGGCAAACCCUUCGUUGAGGUUCUCCAAGAGAACAAUGUCAUUCCUGGCAUUAAGGUCGAUAAAGGCACCGUCGAUAUUGCCGGCACUAAUGGUGAGACCACCACUCAGGGCCUUGACUCACUUGGCUCUCGUUGCCAGCAGUACUACAAGGCUGGUGCUCGUUUUGCCAAGUGGCGUGCUGUACUUAAGAUUGGGCCCACUGAACCAUCUGAGCUGUCUAUCCAACAGAACGCUCAGGGUUUGGCUCGUUACGCUAUUAUCUGUCAAGAGAAUGGGCUCGUCCCCAUAGUGGAACCGGAGAUUCUCACCGACGGCAGCCAUGACAUCAAGAAAUGCGCCGCCGUUACUGAGACCGUAUUGGCCGCUGUUUAUAAGGCUCUUAAUGAUCAACAUGUGCUUCUAGAAGGAACCCUCCUCAAGCCUAAUAUGGUCACUCCUGGCUCUGAGAGCCCCAAGGUGACUCCAGAGGAGAUUGCAGAGUACACGGUUGCAGCAUUACGUCGAACGGUACCACCGGCGGUGCCAGGGAUUGUGUUCCUGUCGGGAGGGCAAAGUGAGGAGCAGGCAACACUGAAUCUGAACGCCAUGAACAAGUUGGAAGUGCUGAAGCCAUGGACGUUGUCCUUCUCGUUUGGGAGAGCUCUUCAGCAGAGCACGCUGAAGUUAUGGGCUGGGAAGAAGGAGAACGUGGGCAAAGCUCAGGAGACAUUCUUGAUUAGGUGCAAGGCCAAUUCUGAGGCUACCCUUGGCAAAUAUACAGGCGGUUCCGGUGGAGGAUUGGCCUCCGAGAGUUUGUACGUGAAAGGUUACAAGUAUUGAUUAAAAUUAAUACUGUA